AUGGCGACAUUUUCUCCCAUCCCGGGCUACACCCUAGGCACCGCAUUCACGGGCCUGGGCCUGGUCGGCCUGUUCCUCCCCAAGACCGCCUACGAGACGUUCGGUUUGCCCCUCGAGCUGCUCCCUGGGCAGCAAGGGAUCUCGCCCAUGCUGUAUGCCAAGGGAGUGCGGGACCUCUGCUUCGGCAUCACAUAUCUCGUGCUGCAGUACAAGGGCAUGAAUGAAGCUGUGACCGUCCUAUCGCAGGCGCUCUGCCUUGUGGCGCUGGGAGACGGCCUCAUCGUGUGGACCUACGGCGGUCGCAAGCUGAAGGUGAAGGCGUUUGGGCACUGGUUCGGCAUCUUGGGGCUGGGGUUUUGGUCAACUUGGAGAAUGUAG